GCUGCUUGAAGUUCAUGGUGUAUAUAAGCGCCCAAGAAACUGGAAGACACAACUAGAUCGCACUCCAAGCACAGAAAGGAAGUUCAAGGCUCCCACUCCAGUCCUGACAUCAACAUGCGUGCCUCAGUUUUGUUCGUCGCCCUCGCUCUGGUCUGCAGCGUUGCCGCCAUUCCCGAACCAGGCAGACCUGGCUAUGGAGGAGGAGUUGGGGGAGUGCGUCCAGUUGGAGGUGUGAGACCAGUUCUUGGUGGUGUUGGAGUAGGAGGGGUAGGAGUUCCUGUUGGUCUUGGAGGAGUUGGGGGAGUUCAUGGUGGCGUGGGAGUUGCACCUGUAGUCAAGCCUGUGCACACUGGUGCAAUCGGCCACGGAAAAUAUGGCAAAUAGACAAUCUAAGUCGAGCAUUUCCAUCAUUACAGAGUCAAGUAUUAUGCAUUUACUGUUUCCUAGUGACUAUCGCGACUUCAAGAAUUUCUUCAAGAUUAUUUUGACAUAGAACCAAAGAAAACUAUAAAGAUCUCAGAGACAGCUCAUUUCCAUCAUCAUAAAACAUUUUUCUUCAGCGUUGGAUUUAUCUGGAAACCUAACUUAAGGUUUCUUGGUCCACAGCCCAUCCUUCCAUAAUCUUCAACUGACUUCCAACAAGGAAAAAGACAACACAAACAAAUGUCAGCUAAAAGUGUAAUGUUUUUGUUAUUGCUUUUGAAUGUAAAGCCUUACAUGGUAAUAGUGUGAUAUGAAUUUUAAUGAAUAAAUAAUGUUUCCAU